AAAUACGAUCCCGUGCAGGGUCUGGUGUCUCCACCAGUUUCCAAGCUCUUUGGUGCUGCACCUUUUUUACCCACUCUCUGCUCUUUGUGGCCGUUUGCUCACCACCAAAAUGGAAGCCAUCAAAAAGAAGAUGCUGAUGUUGAAGCUGGACAAGGAGAAUGCCCUGGACCAGGCAGAACAGGCUGAAGCAGACAAGAAAGCAGCAGAGGAGAGGAGCAAGCAGCAUGAAGAUGAACUUCUACAAAUGCAGAAGAAGCUGAAAGGGACAGAGGAUGAGCUGGAUAAGUACUCCGAGGCCCUGAAGGAUGCUCAGGAGAAGCUGGAGGUGGCUGAUAAGAAGGCUGCUGACGCUGAGGCAGAGGUGGCGUCCUUGAACAGACGCAUCCAGCUGGUGGAGGAGGAGCUGGACCGCGCCCAGGAGAGACUGGCGACGGCUCUGCAGAAGCUGGAAGAGGCAGAGAAGGCUGCUGACGAGAGUGAGAGAGGUAUGAAGGUGAUAGAAAACAGAGCUCUGAAGGAUGAGGAGAAGAUGGAGCUCCAGGAAAUUCAGCUAAAAGAAGCUAAACACAUCGCAGAGGAUUCUGACCGCAAAUAUGAGGAAGUGGCUCGUAAGCUGGUCAUUGUUGAAGGAGAGCUCGAGCGCACAGAGGAGAGGGCAGAACUUGCUGAAGCGAAAUGUGCUGAGCUGGAGGACGAACUAAAAAACGUCACCAAUAACCUGAAGUCCCUGGAGGCCCAGGCUGAGAAGUACUCUCAAAAAGAGGACAAGUAUGAGGAGGAGAUCAAGAUCCUGACCGACAAGCUGAAAGAGGCUGAGACCCGUGCCGAGUUUGCUGAGAGGUCUGUGGCAAAGCUGGAAAAGACCAUUGAUGAUCUGGAAGAUGAGCUUUAUGCACAGAAACUGAAGUACAAGGCUAUUAGUGAAGAGUUGGACCACGCCCUCAACGACAUGACCUCCAUCUGAAUGUCAGGAGGCGCGUUUCUCACGCCAGGCCAGGAGAUUCAAGACUCAGCUGGGUGCUGGUGAACAUCCUCCCAAUCCCAGUGUGGUACUCUUCUUGCUUCUCUCACCAUGUGCUUGACUUUGUUGGCUGACAUUGAGCUCUUUUCUCUGGGCACCUUUUUGGUUCUUUUUCAAACGUUCUCUUCUUGGUAAUUUAACAGCUGUUACCACGUGGAUGCUUUAUGUUUUUUCAGAGAUCCUUUUCUUUCUGAUCCAUAUUGUCUGCACACAUCAGCCACAGAGAGCAGAUAAACAUGUCAUGUCCACAUUUGUGCCUGAAGCUGUGUUUUUUGAUCAGUUUUUUUUUUUUUUAAGCUGGCAGCUGGAAUCUGAAGACUUCAAUGAACUGGUUCAAGUCCAACAUUACAAUAUGUUUUAAUUUAAUACACAACAGUUCAAAUGAUUUACUGUUUUAAAACUUGGACAUGACUAAAAUGUUGGUUCCAUCAGUUUUAAUCAUUAAGUUGUGGUGAAAGUGUGCGUUCAUGUAACACACUGUCAGCAUCUUCUACAAAUAAACAAACAAACAAA